UCUCUUUCUUCCCUGGCCUUCUCUCUGCUCCUCUUGCAGCACUCUCCUCUCUCGUGGUUCUCUUCUCUUCCUCUUUCCCGCCUUCUCCUCUUAUAUCCUGGUAGCUCCUCCCAUCGUACCUCCCAGUCGCAUUUGAUUAACAGGAAAAACCUGUGGUUUCUCAGAAGGCGAAACGGUAAAGCGAAACUUAAUUGAUGGCACAUACUGCGCAACACUGCGCAUGCUCCAGACAGAGACCACCAGGCCACUCUCCUGCCCGCCCGUGACUAUGCAGUAGUGCAGCAUCCAGAAUGGAUGUCCUGUUUGCGGCCAUCCUUGCUCUGCCACUUAUCCUUGGACAAGAAUAUGAGGACGGAAUACUGGAAGAGGAUGAUUACUAUCAGAUCAUGUAUUAUUACACAGUCACCCCUAGUUAUGAUGACUUUGCUGUAAAUUUCACUGUUGAUUACUCCAUGUUUGAGUCAGAAGACAGGCUGAACAGGCUGGAUAAGGAGGCAACAGAAACAGCAGAGACAACCACCAUCAGUACCACCAUCAGUCAUGAGACAGAAGGUACAGACCAUCAGAAACAUGAGACAGUGAAAGCAGCCACCCCAGAGCCGAAACUGCAGCACCCAGGUCUGCAUGAUGCUGUGUCCGGUCUGCAGAGUCCUGUUCCCCUCCUCCUGUCCUGUGCCCUCCUUCAGUGGGGGGUGUAUUUCAUGUAGAAGAAGGCCGCUAGGAGUCUUUGGAUGGGGGUUUGGGAAGAGGACAUUGGAAGAAAAAUAAAUGAACAAUCUGGUUACUCUCUGCUCCUCUAAGAGGAUCUGUUCUAAAGCCACAACACUGAGGCGAGCGCAAGGAUGUGGGGGCGGCCGAUGAGAAAGGGAGCUUGCGGAGGAUCAUCUGGAGGGGACGUGGGGGGUGAAAACGCCGAGUCUUGGGCAGCGAGGGGAAG